UCCUUUAUGAGGUGCAACCAAAACAGCUGUUAGACAAAGCAACAGGGAGAUUCUGGCAAGGUGUCUGUCUAGCAUUAGUUCUGAAUACUGUUGUGGUUUUCAUCACUAAAAAUGGCUGUGACUUUUGGAUUUUCUUUGAGUGUUUCUUGGAUUUGUUGCCUGCUAAUUGGAGGGAUAACGUGUUCUACCCUUCAAGGUAAUGCUUAUGGGCAUCCUGCCUCCACUGGAACUGAACCAAUUGGAGCCCAUGCCCAAGCGAGUGUGGUGUCUGUUCCAAAUGCUAAACCUACUGGCCACAAUAGCCCGGCAAAUGUGAUGUCGGGUCCAAAUACCCCAUCUGAAGCGACCGGCCCCCGCGCCUCAGCAGAAGCGACCGGCCCCCGCGCCUCAGCAGAAGCGACCGGCCCCCGCGCCUCAGCAGAAGCGACCGGCCCCCGCGCCUCAGCAGAAGCGACCGGCCCCCGCGCCUCAGCCGAAGCGACCGGCCCCCGCGCCUCAGCAGAAGCGACAAGCCUUGAACAGACGGCCCAACCCCUCAACAAGCUAGAUAGGGAGAUCAUAAUUUGGUUUGCCCAACUCCUUAAUCGUCUUUCCCCUGUUACAUUGCCUCCUUUUGAAGAAAAGGGCAAAGGUAACUGAGGUGGGGUAAUGUGCCGACCAAUGCACUUGUUUGAAAUGAGGUUCUCCUUCACUUGCGUAUCGUCAUGCAAAUUGUUUUACAAGUUGGGAGGCCACAUUGGUAUGAAUUGUUUUUAUAAGCAUACGACUAAAAUUGACAUCUGAUUUGGCGAUAUUGCUGACACUUUUAGGUUCUACGGUUACGCUUUUGGUUUAGCCUGGUGUUCCUGCUACUCUUGCAUGAUUUGUUCAA